AUGUCUUCCAGCUCGCCCAAAUCGCCGAGGAGUCGUCUUGGAAGAUUGUUUCACAGACGAGGACCAAGCGAUGCCUCCAGUAGUGCAUCAUCGCCGAAAGCAACAGCUCCAGCUGCGGGGGCUCAGCAGCAGAAUGGUGCGAUAGAGACGGGACACCUCCAACGACGGCGCUCGAAACGGUCACUACGCGAUCUGGUGCAAGGCUCUGGACGUUCACGAUCUGGCUCUGGCAGCAGGAGAAUCUCGUUGCAGCGGGAACAGCUUAACAGAGAGCCUUCGUAUAAUGCACCACAAAAUCUACCAUCUGGAGCGGAGGUCGCUGCGGCCAAAGCACUGUAUCCAGAUGGCAACUGGGCGCCAGUGUCUCCUACAAACGGCAACUUCCCACUCAGCGGAUCGAAUGCCCAGGGCGGCAAGACAAAUGUGGCCGAAGAACUUCGUGGUCCGCCAAUUUACGAGAGUCGGAAAAGUCGACCGACCACUGCGAACAGCCAGGCUAAUGGCCAGCCCAUAGAGCGCUUACUCGCCCAACAGCAGCAGGAGCGGCUUUUGGAGUAUGAGUACAAGCAGGAUGGCCAGAACCGGGUACAUGUUAAGCCAGCACCUAUUGGCACUGCUGUGACAACAACGACAACAACCACUGGUAAUGCAGUGACAUCAACGACAACAACAAGGACGAAUCCCAAUCGUCGCUCCAAGGACGUCUCCAGCCACGGCCAUGCUCAGAACGAGGAUCAGAGAGUCGGCGGCUUGGAGGACUUCCCUGACCCAUUGAAGGUCACUAAGAGUCGCACGUCUUUAUCUUCUGAAGCAGCGCGAGCAUCACUAGACAGGCCUCAUCGUGUAUCUGGUCAGCUCGUGCAUAAGCCAGACGUCCCUGAUCUGCGAAAGUCGAUCGAUAGUGACAUUGGGUACGGUGUCGCUAUCCCGCCACGCACCAGCUCUGCUCAGCAUGGUCAAGAGACUGGUCAUAUGAGGAGCUCAAGCCUUCAGAAACCACUCCCAGAGCCGCAUGUCCAAGAACAUAUCUCCAACGCCAGAACUGCUCCUCAGCAAGAGUAUAACUCCAACCAAUCUCACAACCCCGACCCCUUCAGAGCGUGUGAGAACGGCAUCCACGACUCCUCCACCCCAAUCGACCUCUCCGGCAUCGUCGACCUUCGCAACACCGAAGACGUCGACUACCACACAACCUACGCACCGGCCGUGACACACGAGACGGUAACCGUCACCCACCACGAAGACGUCCAAGAGAUCAUAACCCGCGAAACCCACAAUCACCACAUCUUCCACCGCAUCCUCCCCGUCAUCGACUUCGAAAUCCUCCCACCCCGCCACUUCAUCGAAACCCGUCUCGGAGGCAAAUACGAAAUCUCCCCCGACAUCGUGCCUCCGGGCACCAACGAAGCAAUCCAAACUACGAUCCAAGACGCCGUUGCCAAGUUAAUGCCUCGCAGCACCAGCCACACCCCAGCCUUUCCCAACCGCUUCUCCGCCCGGUCGUUCCACGGACGGGAUGGUGAUCUGAAAGAAUGGACCGGUCCUUACGGCGAGCCACGCACGGAGCAAUGGUGGGUACAUCCCCCCACAUGGGCGACUGGGGGAAGGGAGACGGGACAGACGGAGCCUUUCCAUCUAGGCUCUGAGUUUGAGGAAGAUGACGGGUUGAGAACGCCGUUGCCUGAUGAUACGUCAAAGUGGCCGCAGCAGCUGAGGCGUGCAAGUUUGGCGCAGCCGCAGCGGCCGCAGUCGAAGAGGAUGAGUAAUUCAGCCAGGAUGAGCUCGGAGUAUCAGGAUUAUCAGAUUUAUGCGGAUGCUACGGAGGCGCCGCCUGUGCCGGUGCAUCAGCAGGGGAGGAGUGCGGGUGGGAAGACGGUGUUGCCGAUUAGGAUGCAGCAUGAUGGUGGCAGGUUUUGA